AUGAUGGCGUCUACUUCUGCCUAUCAUGAAGAAACAGACGUUUUACGACAUGAAGAAUUCACUGAAGGUUGUAAAGCAUCCUGUAAUGGACCAUAUGAUGGGAAAUGGAGUAAAACUAUGAUAGGUUAUGGUGGUGAAGACAAUCAUUUUGUGAUUGAAUUGACCUACAACUAUGGAGUGGGAGGUUAUCAACUUGGCAACGACUUCCAAUAUAUUCGUAUUCACAAGAAAGACGCCUACGGUAGAAUAACUGACGGGUUAUGGCCUAUCACAUUGAAAGAAGCAGAUGCUGUGAAGGUGGAGGCACCUGGUGGAUAUGCAUACUGGGUGCAUAACUAUGAGAGUGAUGGUGAUCCUGUUCGAAUGGUCGCGUUGGCUAGUUCAAAUCUUCAACGGUCUAUCGACUAUUGGUCUUGUAAACUUGGUAUGACAGUUGUCUCGUCGAACGGAGAAGAAGAAGCAGUAUUCUCUUAUUCAUCGAAUCAAUGUCAUUUAAAGUUGAUUUCUAUCCAUGGAAGGGUAGAUCAUGCCAGUGGGUUUGGUCGUAUUGCUUUUGCUUGUCCAAGUGCUCAGUUACCAAUACUACAGAAUUGCAUGGAUGCACAUAAGGAGACAAUUCUAACACGUUUAGUUAGUUUGGAUACACCGGGUAAAGCUACAGUACAAGUGAUUAUUCUUGCUGAUCCUGUAAGUGUGCCUGUUUGUAUUCUCUUGUGGUUUAAUAUGAAUACAGAUUACUGGUUAGAUUGUUGUUUACUGUCUCUUGGAUUACGUAAUAUGCUGAUGGAGUCUACUUUAUGAAUAUUAGAAUGACUGAAUAGCUGUUACUGAGUUGGUUAUACCUACUGAAAACGGGAAAACAUGCUUCUUAGUCGC